AUGCCGCCAUCUACUGUCUUUUCGUACUGGCGCCGAGACCAUCGACGUUCGUCCGCGUCGCCUGCUUCGAUCCCCGCGCCCUCACCUGUCAAGGGAGCGAAUGGAAGCCCCAUUAAAAGCCCUCCCCAACUUCCACAGAUUCCGGAUACACCGACGCUCACCACUGCCCUCGACGGUCACCCCUCACCCGAUGGCCCCUCUUCGAACGAGGCGCCGCUGGACAUAGAUACCUCCAAGCUGAACAUCAGCUCAUCCGUCGCGCCGAUAUCCUCCUCCAUUACUCUUGCUCUUCCAUCGCCGGCAUUUGAAAAAGAGUGUCGUCCUCAUUCCAGUCCUGAUAACGCCGAGGAAGAACAAUUUACAGCCCAGUCGAAUAAUUCACAACUGUCUGUGACGGGUCUACGGUCCGAUCAAGGAGACGCAGAGCCGAAUUCCAAAUCAAGCUCGCCCUUCCGACGUUCAUUCGGCAAGCAGAAACGAUCGCCGACUGCGCCAACGGCGUCGGGCCAUUUUCGGUUCAGAACCUCGCCGGACGCUUCGCCGGCGGAUAAACAAACAAUGACACAGAGGGAUUUCAAGAUGGAGGGUAGCACGACCGUCCGGCGCACUGGGGAUCGGGAUGUGUCUGUAGAACAGACACAUCAUAAGUCUGGCAAGGCGAUGCUCCAUCUCCUGAAUCCGAUGUCUCUUCUUGCGCGCAGGCGCUCCUCGCAGGUCGUUAGCUCCCGCGCUGAAGAUCUCAAAAUUAAAAACCGGAAUGUUCCGCCGAUGCCGGAUGACUAUGAUCCUAGAAUUCGUGGAAAGAUUGUCCAUGACUUCUCGGCGCCUCGGCCUCGCCGCAACCUUUCGGCUCCCCAGCAGGAUACACUGAAUGGGCCGGAUACUUCACCACCGCAAAUACCUAGUCAACCACGUGGCGCCAGUUGGAAUGACCAGGCGAAACGGCACAGUGAUCAUUCGCCUGUCUUCAAGGAACAUUUCGAGGACCAGAAUGUUCUACAGGUGGAAAAUAAGGGGUAUCUUCAGUCUUCACUUUUAACAGGCCAAUCGCAGCCUGAUUAUGAUAGCUCAUUGCCGGUCUUUGCGCGGAACUUGCCUUCACAUCUACCAGACAGAACUAUAGAUGGUUCGGACCAGCGUGAGCAUGAGGCCGAGGAACCUCCAAUAUCACCCACAACAAUCUCGCAUGCUCAUCCUCAGCACCCUCAAGACCAAGAUACUAUUCCUAAUGUACCCUUCAACCCCUCGGCCUUGCCGAGACAUCUCAAGAGCAAUGCGUCCCGAUUCAGCUUCGAUAUGAUCGGAGUGGAAUCAUCUACACAAGAGAGAAUGCUAGAAGAGAAGCACAAGGCAAAGGAAGCCUCCCGCAAAAUAGAGGAUGGGUAUUUCGAUGACUUCGACGAGGACUUCGAUGAUGACAUGCUGGAUGACCUGGAUGGUCUGGAAGAAAGGAUCCCUGGCGUCAAUGCAGAUGCCGAUGACGAUUUCGAUGAUUUCUCAAUUCCGCGAGAUAUCAACAAGGCCAAGUCCUGGGUUGUCCCGGGGUUGUCACCCAUUGUUGCUAGCCCGCUUACUGUUGCUAGCCCGCUCACUGCUGCACUGCCAUACCCAAACCAAAACCCAUCUUACUCAGCCUCUCGUCUAUCCGAGGCCACACAACUAGAUCAUGGCCCCCAGCAACAUCUACCAGAGGAACAGCCGUCCCUAGCUGCUAGAACUGAUGCGACAUCAAGCCUUCCCGAGGUUCCGGUUGCAAAGCAAGCGGCUCCAAUUCUCGACGACGAUGAUGAUCUUUAUUUUGAUGACGGCGAUUUCGGAGAUCUUGCUGCCGAUAACCAAGAUAGUGGAUUUGACGAAUCUAUAUUCGAUGACGUAACCAGUCAUUUAUACGAAAGAAAACCGGUCGCUCCCCCUGCAGCACCCAUACCAACGGACAGUGCGGCCCCUGACGCCCCUGACGGCCCCGACGGCCCUGAUGGGGACGACUCUUCGGGGAAAGAAAGCCCCAUGGCAGAAAUGGGAGACCAAGCACUGCGGCACAUGCCUAGUGUGGCUAGUGACUACCGGGUCACAGGAUCAAUCAAGCGUGGUCCUCUCGGCGAGCCGAUACCAAAUAUGGGCCCUGUUCGUGCCCAUGGUGGAGGUGUGCUCACAGAGCAAAAUCUAGAUAUUUUGCACAAUGCUCUAGCUUUCGCAGCCAAUGAAGCAUCAUAUAGUAGCCGGAUCGAGCGCCAGUUCGGCACGAGCGAAGGAUCCGAGGGACAAGACAGCACAGGUCAAAUAUCGCCGACAAUAGACUCGCAACCGGGUCUGAUUUCUGAUGACAGCCGGGUCGGGCAACCUGCGGAUGCCAUGGCCUUUGACAACGUCUAUGAUCAGGUCUACGAUGAUCAGUUCUACGACGAUGACGAUGAUUCGUAUUUUGACGAUGCCAUCGUUGCUGCUGCUAACGCCGAAGCUCUUGAGAACGACGACGAUGGCUUCUACGGUCAAGAGUUCGGCUUCUACGCACACGCAGAUGGCACCGGCGCCUCUGAGCUAACCAACGGUGGAUACUUCGGUCCGCGACGGGUCGAAGGCAUCACACGGAACCACAGCAGCCGCGGGAAAUUCCAAGAACCCAGUUUGACCCCUAUCACUGAACGGAGCGAAUGGAGCACACGGAACUCUAUGAUUUCCAUCAAGGCCCACGGCAGUACGCAUCCAAAUUCAGCUCUAGCGAGCCCCGGGCUGGCGCAGCUGGUUGACAUGGGCAGUCUCGACGAUGAGAUGACCCUGGGCGCGCUCAUGAAGCUACGCCGUGGGGCUUGGGGCGGGAGCAACGGUAGCCUACGCAGCAGUGCAGGUAGUCCCCCACCGCAUCCGCUGUCGCCCUCUCACCGCGCCAGCCUCAACGGUGCCGAAGCAAGCCCAACGGUCUCUGAAACGAGGCCUUUCAGCCCCGAUGAGGGAGUUUCCAAUGGUGUCGGUUAUUUCCAUGACGACAGUCAUCCACGUACUACUUCGCCGUUGUCCGGGCGGCCAGAUUCUGAAGAAAUUCCCAACAGUGGACCUCAGCGACUCAAUGUCUUGUAA